AUGAGAGCCAGAGUGAAGACUGAACUUUGGGCAAUGCUGCUGCUGUUACUGAUGGUGUGACUAUAUGGUGUCUAUUUGACCUGCAGACUCUCAAGAAGACGUUCAGCUUAAUACUCUGCACAUGGAAGCCAACUUAUUGUGAAUGAAGAAGCUCUUUUUUAAUUUGUUUGCAUCAUCUUUCUGAAUUUACCCGUUAACGCCAGGAAAGCAACAGUGUUCAUAGUGGAGCAAGUUAAAGAUUUAAGUCUGCAACGUUGUGAGCCUUCUAGGGGGCGUCAUGGUCUCUUCUCUGCAUUGGCUCCUGCUGUUUUGGAGAUUUCAGUGUCUCUGGGCACAAAAUUAUGAAGAAGACUAUGAAGAUGAAACCGUAACCACCAGGAGAAAGAGCAAACUUUAUUCAACAAAUUCCAUACCGCAAAAUGGCAAAUCUCUCAUUGAUGAGGACUGCAGUUUGGAGUUGGCCUUUCUAAUCGACAGCUCAGAGAGCGCCAAGGACAACCACGCCCACGAGAAGCGCUUUGCCACAAGUGUGAUGGACCGGCUCCAGGGCCUUCGGCUACAGACCGGCAGGGGCCUCAGCUCCCGAGCAGCCCUCCUGCAGUACAGCAGCCAUGUCAUCAUAGAGCAGACCUUCAAACAGUGGAGGGGCAUUGAAGACUUCAAGGCCAGAAUUGCUCCAAUUGUUUACAUUGGCCACGGCACCUAUACCACCUAUGCCAUCACCAACUUGACCCGAAUCUACUUGGAGGAGUCAGAUACCAGCAGCAUCAAAGUGGCCAUCCUGCUCUUUGAUGGCAUUUCGCACCCAAGGAACCCAGACAUAUUUUCAGCUGUGGCCGAUGCAAAAAACCAGGGAAUCCGUUUCUUCACGAUAGGAAUCACACGUGAGGCGAAUGAGCCUACCAAUAUUAAACAGCUCCGUCUAAUUGCUAGUUCCCCAGCUUCCCGCUAUCUUCACAACCUGCAGGAUGAUGGCAUAGUGGAAAAAGUUAUCAAGGAGAUUACUCUGCUGGCAGAUGAAGGGUGUCCUCUAUCUUUGAGCAAGUGCGCAUGUGAGAAGGGUGAGCGAGGCCCCAGCGGUCCUGCUGGGAAGAAAGGUCGUCCUGGAGAGGAUGGAAGUCCGGGCCCAAAAGGACAGAAGGGUGAGAGUGGGCUCAGUGGCCUUCCAGGUCGGGAAGGAGCAGAGGGAAAACCAGGAUACAAAGGAGAAAAGGGCGAGACAGGAGAGUGUGGCACACCUGGAAUUAAAGGAGACAGGGGUCCUGAAGGUGUCAUUGGUCCAAGAGGAAAUCGUGGACUUCAGGGUUUGGCUGGUCCACCUGGCGAUAUGGGACCUGAAGGUGUGAUGGGCAAAAAGGGGGAAAGAGGACUUCCUGGGCCACCUGGAAUCCAAGGGGAAACGGGGGUCGGCCUUCCAGGACCAAAGGGUGAUGUUGGUUUCCAGGGGCAACCAGGGCCACCUGGUCCUCCAGGGCUUGGCGAGGCUGGACCACCGGGACCUCAAGGGCCACAGGGAGUUCAAGGAGAAAGAGGACCUAUAGGAGAAGGUCUCCCUGGACCAAAGGGUGAACGAGGUUUGGAGGGGCCGCGGGGGCUCCGAGGACCGCCGGGCGCUGGAAUCAAAGGAGACAAGGGGGAUUUUGGCCCUCCAGGUCUUCCUGGGCCCGUUGGCCUCCAAGGAGCCGGCAUUCAAGGAGAGAAGGGCACGGAGGGUCCGAGGGGACCACCAGGAAGCCGAGGCCCACAAGGAGAGGGAAUGCCUGGACCCAAGGGAGACCAAGGGUUGCCCGGCGAGGUUGGUGCCCCAGGAGAGAGAGGUGCUGGCGAGCCCGGAGAAAAGGGUGAACCAGGAUCACCAGGAGUGUCAGGUCUGCCGGGUCUGCCUGGGGAGGAUGGAGGCCCAGGACAGAAGGGUGAGCCAGGAGCCGUUGGUUUUAGAGGACCAGAGGGGGCACCUGGGAUUGGCACUCAGGGUGAAAAGGGUGAUCAAGGCCAGAGAGGAAUCAGAGGCUUGACAGGUCCACCUGGAAUUGCUGGACCCUCAGGACCAAAAGGAGAACCAGGAUCACAAGGAAGAGCAGGUUCUCCUGGUCCGCCAGGGCGCUUCAUCACCGGACCCAAGGGUGAUCCUGGCCCGAAUGGUCCUCCUGGUCCGGUUGGAGAGACUGGCUAUGGACUUCCAGGUCCAAAGGGUGGCCGAGGUGAUCCAGGCCCUCCAGGUCCAUUCGGUCCCAAAGGAGAUGGCUUCCCAGGCCCCAUGGGCCCUCCUGGUCUGCCAGGACUUCCCGGAGAACCUGGCUCAGAAGGGGUGGGCAUCACAGGCCCAAAGGGGGAUAUUGGAUUCAGGGGGUUGCCAGGUUCACCAGGACCUCCGGGUGAAGGACUCCAAGGCCCUCCGGGGAAUCCAGGACGACCUGGUCCACCAGGACCAACGGGGCCACAAGGACAAGGAGUUCAAGGACCGAAGGGUGAACAGGGGGCCCAAGGUGUGGCAGGGCCAAGAGGGCAACCUGGAGAAGGCUUUCCUGGAGCUAAAGGUGACCGAGGCACUUCAGGCGAGAGGGGGCUCAAAGGAAUCAAAGGAGAAAUGGGAGACCCUGGAGGCCCAGGACAACCUGGUCGAGGAGGUGUUAAAGGUGAAGCGGGCCUCACUAGAGAGGACAUCAUUCGAAUGAUCAGAGAGAUCUGUGGAUGUGGGAUCAAGUGCAAAGAGAGGCCUAUGGAGCUGGUGUUUGUCAUUGACAGCUCUGAAAGCGUGGGCCCAGAGAACUUUGAGAUCAUCAAGGACUUUGUGACCGCACUAGUGGACCGGGUCACAGUGGGUCGCAAUGCCACCAGGAUUGGCCUGGUUUUAUACAGCUUGGAGGUGAAGCUUGUGUUCAACUUGGCCCGCUAUGUCACCAAAGAGGACAUCAAGCAGGCCAUCAGGAACAUCCCAUACAUGGGAGAGGGCACCUACACUGGCACGGCCAUCCGUAAAGCCACUCAGGAGGCCUUCUACAGCUCACGCCUGGGCGUCAGCAAGGUGGCCAUAGUUAUCACAGAUGGGCAGACGGACAAACGAGAGCCAGUGAAACUGGAUAUCGCCGUACGGGAAGCACAUGCAGCCAAUAUUGAGAUGUUUGCCUUGGGGAUCAUAAACACUUCAGACCCAACGCGGCCCGAGUUCCUAAGAGAGCUAAAUCUGAUCGCCUCUGACCCGGACAGCGAGCACAUGCUCCUUAUAGAUGAUUUCAACACUCUGCCAGCUCUGGAAUCCAAGUUGGUCAGCCAGUUCUGUGAGGACGAGAAUGGAGCCUUGAUAUAUAACAGAGUAACUAACGGCUACAAUGGCUAUGGGAACAAUGGCUACAAUGGCAACAGGAUUGGGAGCUACGCCACCAGUGGUUAUGGGUACAGGCCCGUAAAUCAGCCAGAUUCAAGGAAUGGCCAACAGACAGUCUUCAACUCCGGUGGCAGUUCCAACAGCCAAGUAGUCCAGGGUGGAGGAGGGCAGCAUGGUCUCACAGAAACAUUUUCAGGAACUGAGCGCGGGGACACAUUUAACCGUGGCACCACAGACCACAGACAGAUCAGUCCUGCCAGAGAAGACACCUCCAGUAGCCAAGGCUCCUCUUCGUCUUCAUCAUCCUCUUCUGCAAAUAGAACCUCAUCAUUCUCAGGUGUACAGUAUCCAAAGCCAGCUCUUCCAAAAGAAAUGGCACCUUUGGACCCUCUCUGUGGCUUGGUUCUGGAUCAGGGUUCAUGUCGGGACUAUAACAUCCGUUGGUACUACGACAAACAGGCCAAUGCUUGUGCUCAGUUCUGGUACGGAGGCUGCGAUGGCAACAAGAACCGCUUCGACACAGAGGAGGAGUGCAGGAGGACGUGCGUGGUGACCAGAGGAGGCUGAUCGAAGGCAAACAUCUGCUGCAGAUUCAAGGAGGGGAAGCUAAAACCAGCCAUUCUUCAUUCCCAGGCAGAUACAUCAUCACUAAACUUGCUUCCCUCCUCCUGGAUUCAAUGAAAUGUUUUACUUCUAAUUACAGUAAAAAAUAAACCGUUUGUAUUUUUAAUAAUGCAGGCGAUUCUCCGUUGUUUCUACUCAGGAAUACAGAUGAGCUCUUCAGUGUUGCUCCAGCAUCCCACACCUGCACUUUCAUACGUUUUUUAUUUCCAACACAGCCAGAACUGUGAACAUCUCCAUGCAAAAGAUGAUUUAUAACAGCUACAUAAAUACAGAGAAAUAAAUUUCUCUACUUGGAUAAACUCCUAUAGGUCUGCUGGUGUAUAUUCACUAGAGCCAGUAACAAAGCAGAGAGAAGCCUCAUCACUUCAAUAAAACUACUCUUUUCUUUUAUAUAGCUUUAUGUAAAAAAAACAAAAAAAACAAACAGACUUAGUGGAAUUAUUUUGUGCCUUUGUGUGUGUCAUUUGUUAGUUUUAUGGAAGAAAAAUGGGAUGUUUUCUGUUAAUUUUACUGGCAUACACUCUCACACUGCCCUCUACUGGACAAAACAUGUCAUGACACUGAAGUUGCUGCUUCCAGAACGAGCAGAGCUUCAUUCAGAGCUUUUCAUUUAGUCUCCCAGCUGAACUGACUGCAGGGAUGCAUACUCUACUGUACUGUGUUUUACACAAUUAACAUUCAAUGUCAACUAUUUUAAUAAAUCUGAUCUUAGCUGA